ACAAGUGAGUUUAUUACAGCCAUCAGAUUUUACGAACGAGAUAUGGCAAACCGGACACUAUACAAGGUUAGCACUCAAUUCAUGAUAGCCCCAUACAGACAUCGAAUUCAUAUCGCAUGGAAACCAAAGGUGGAUAAAAGGUGCCAGUACCGUCCGCUUGAUAGCAUCCGCCAUUGCCUUUUCUACAUAUAUCCUCACACUAUCCUCCUCUUUCUCAUAGCACUUAUGGAACGGGGCCCAUUCUCUCCCGCAUUCUAGACAACUAUCUCUACCGCACCGAACAUUUCCGCAUCUAAAGAAGAUGCCUCGCCGUUUCCGCUGGAUCCUACCUAUCGAUCUUUCAACUCGUUCUCGGGAAGCAGUUAAUGAGGGGAUCCACCGGAGGGAGCUUGAUGUUUCUCUGGGCGGGAAAGGUGAGCGCAGCGUGAUCAUUGUAAGGACAAGGAUGAGAAAAACCGCCAACGCCAGUGGAACAAUAGAGAACAAUACUAGAACGGAAGCAAGCAGGGCUACUUUGACACUGCGUUUUAUUCGGUACUCUUCCAAAGCAAUUACUUCUGCAUAUGCGCAGAAUGGACACCUUGCCAGAUCCAAACCAGAUCUCUCCAAACUUUCCGCCGCUGUCUUGUCCUCCAGCGAAUGCAGAGCAUCGGGUGGUAGGACAGCCAACAGUAAUUCGUGAGGCACGAAGGCUCCACAUGGCGGAGAAGCGGAGCAAGACAAACACCGCACAGAGCACACCUCUCCUAACAGAUUUCUUCCUUGUCCGUAUAAACCCUCUUGGACACUCCGGAGAAGGCACUGGUGGCAGAAGAAAUGGCCGUCCGAGCACGAUGCAAUCUCAGUCCAUGGAUAGUCCCCAAAACAGCACUCGCACUCCACCAUCUCUGAUGAAGCAGUAUGUUCAGCCACAUUGAGGAGCUUUGCCACCUUCAGAUCCUCGUCCACCUGUCGGUCCCGGGUAGGCUUGCCCAAAGCGAAAAGCUCAUCGUCCAGCUCCUUACAUCCCGUAGCUGUCGCAGUUGGCUCGGGAGGUAAUACAGAUCUCGCUCCACGAAAUAAAUUAGCGAAAGAGAACCGCCAGGAUUUGUCGGCAAUGUCCAUAAGAGUCUGCCGGGAGCGGGCGUAGUCGGAGUUAUUUUCAGCCAUCACAGCCUUGAUUGUUGAGUGAGAUAGACCUUUGAACUCCUUGUAACUGCUCGGGGUAGUGAUUAGCGAAAACCCUGCGCUAGAGAUGUUUUCUUUAAAAUAAAUAAAUAAUGAAGUAUUAAAUAGAACAGGGAGCGGAUAGCUCACAGAACGUUCUUCGCAGCAUCUAUGUAUGCCUUAGGCCUAAACUUCUCCCAUGGUUCCACAACUCGCUUUUGAACCCUCCCAUCCUUGGACUUUUUUAACAGCGCCUCCGUAAUAACAUGUAAUCGUGAUUCCUCAGAAUAGGUGGAGAGCAUAUGGCGGAACUCGUCAACGUCAACAUUCGGAAACAGCUCGUUCAAAAUUUCGAGAGCCCGAUUCAGGGAGGCCACCCUAGAUUGGUCGGUAGCUUCUUCAGGAUCCGGAGAAGUAGAUAAAGUCCCCCGACCAUCGCGUGGACCCUUGCCCUUUGAAAGAGAGAGCAAAGAAAGCAUGAUACAUAUCGUGUGUAAAGGACUAGAGGGGGGAGAAGAGCAAGGUCCUAAAUGGAGGAGGAUGUUAGGACGGUAGUCAGAGGAGGAGGCUCUGGGAGUUUGGCCUGGAAUGACGCGGCGUUAAAUUGUAAUCUAGCCGAAUCAGCUAUAAGGGGGGGGGGAGGCCCAGAUUAGACUUUAGUGAGCGGUGGAGGGGUCGGAUCUUUAUGCCAUUUGGCCCAGGAUUGCUGUGGGAUACACCUAUUUGGGCUGUUGCCGCUGUAUGUUUGGCUCUCUUGCAGAACUGGGACCUUGUACGGUAGGUUGCGAGUCGAGGAAAGCCGGGUAACAAGUGUCGAUCGUUCCGUGGGCUACCGGUACCGGUACGGGUACUCGACCGAGGCGUAUCAUAACUAAGGACCGGUGCCGUAUCAGGCCAAUAUUAUCAUACAAGGAAGCGAAAAUGCCAGUCAUCACUAUUCUGACAACCUAUCGUUUAUAUCGCGCUCCAGCACAUCAUUGGGAGGUACAGUACAUGCACUCGAGUUCCGUACAGCACAGCACAACAAGGCGUGCAACUUUACCAUUACCGGUACCCGAGAACGGCGUCGUAGCAAAGUGAACAGAACCGAUCGACUCGUGAGAUGGUGGGUCGUACAGAAGUGACCGGGUAACUCUCAAGCUUUGGGCCACAAGCCACAGGUAUGGGUUGUCCUUUUCGCUCCCAUCAUAUGAUAUUAUGAUACUCUAUCGUCCUUCAGCCCCUGCCCGAACCGCCUUGAACCAACUCACAUACCGGUACCCGCACACGCGCCUCCCCUGCCUUCAAUAUGCGGAAAGGCGUUGGGCUCGGAGCCCUCACCAGAAACACUCAGACCUCGCAACAAUAUGCUUCUCACGGUCAACUGCUUCAAAAAUCUCACAUCGAUGAACUCACGACACAACUCUCCGUUUUUCAGGCAUCGCUCUCUCAGUUCUCUCGAACUCACGCAAAAGACAUCCGCUCAAACCCGGCUUUCCGGGCAGAGUUUGCGAGAAUGUGCACGGCAAUCGGCGUCGACCCCCUCGCCAGCUCAUCAAACAGAGGAGGAAGCUUCUGGGCUGAGAUGCUAGGAACUUCGGUCAACGACUUUUAUUUCGAGUUGGCUGUGAGAGUUGUGGAAGUUUGCAGAAGAACAAGGCAGGAAAAUGGAGGGCUAAUUGCUGUUGCGGAGGUACGGGAACGGAUCAUGAGGCAGGACGAGAGUAUCGGAGGGAGCAGCGAUGUUAGCGAAGAUGAUAUCCUGCGGGCCGUUGAUGCUCUGAAACCACUUAGCUCGGGCUUCGCUGUGAUCGACCUUGGCCGGCGGCAAAUGAUCAGGUCUGUGCCCAAGGAGCUGAACACAGAUCAGUCUACGGUACUCGAAGCGAUUCAGGUACUCGGGUUCAUAACCCACUCGAUGCUGAGAGUUAACCUCGGUUGGGAUGGAGCCCGUGUGCAAACUGUUGUAGAUGACUUGUUAUCAGAUUCUCUGGUCUGGCUUGAUGACCAGGCGGAUGAAAAGGAGUAUUGGGCGCCUAGCUUUUUCAAAAAGUCAGGUUAAGCAGCUUAUGUUGGUAGCCCGACGGUUAGGAUCACCAAUUCACACCCACGAAUGGACGCAGCGUCAACAACAGACCCCCCAGUGUACUAUAGCGAAAGCAUUUACAGAUCUAGCAUAAUUCUACGGGUGAGAGACCCCGGAGGUGCCUUUUCCCUCAUGGUGAUUUUUAUAGAACAGUGCAGUCAAAUACGAGGGCUCUAGAGCGGAGCUUGUAAGGUAGAAUGAGUAUCAAGUGUUGGUAGGAAGCUUUGGUGCGCAUAUGGUGCAUUCAAUGAACUCUAAAUUCUAGAAGUUUUAUACACAUCGCACAUUCU